UAUUUUCUAACAAUACUGAUGGGCAUUUAUAUUAAUACCACAAUUAAGUUCCAAAUUAUUUUAUUUUCAAAACGUUUCCUAUGCGCGGAAAUAUCAAGUAAUUACGGAUUUGACUUGAUGUUUGUGAGCGUCAAAUGUGUACGUUGUGUACGACGUUCAUAGAAUCAUUAUCAAAUUAAAGUCAUAUACUUUUUUCUAAUUGUCAUCUGCUAAUAUUAAAAGUGAAAAAAAAUAGGAAAACUAUGAUAUGUUCGAUUCAGUAACGUUAUUGCUUGUUCUUUUUUCAUAGGCGUCAUCUAGCUUCUGUUUGUCACUAUUCCUUAUUAUCGAGCAUUUGCUGAUACAGUUUGAAUCAGGGCAUAGUAAUUCUAAUCCCCAUACCUGAGUCCAAUGUAUUGUAUUUGACUUGACAAUGCCGUAAAAGCUAGCUUGUGCGAUGCAAAACCACAAAUGUCACAAGAUUCCUAACCAAAAUAUUUAUAUAUAUAAUAUACAAGUUACUAAAUUUAUGCUGUCCUUGUAUAAAGUUGUUGGUAGAACAAAAAGUUGAUUUAUGGCUACAAUUAAUUGCACACGCAAAGAUUAAUAUGAUAUGAAUUACGAGCGUCACCAGGAUUGUUGGAAACUUUAGGAAGAAAGUUAUAGAAUAAUAUUGCUUAGCCUGUCGUGCCCUAUGUUUUGAGUAACCCAUGAUUAUUAUUUUAACAGUGUAAAAAUACGUACAUCAUGAACCUUAUCGGGGUGACUAUAUUGCUUGGUUUGACUUCGUUUUACUCAGCAAACACGCUGCGUUGUCUUCCCUGUUAUCAACUUGUGCUCGAUCCUGAGGGAAAAGAAGUUAAAGUUAAAAGAGAAUGUCCAAAACUAAACUGCCCCGGAACCGGAGCACCAGGCGUUUGUCAUCGCUCCUCUUGACUGCAUGGACGUUUGUUCAAAGACUACUAAUCGCAAUAACGACCCAAUUGGAAUGGCAACACGCGGUAGAACGGCAUUUUUUGACUACAAAAAGCCGAGUGAAUCAUAUUCACAGGGAACGUGGUUUUAUUGUGAUUGCAGCGAUGGAGAAAGUGGAGACGGUUAUCAGGUUAUUCAGCGACAUAACCUGGAUAUGCAAGCAUUCGACAGAGAUUUGAGAAGUUACAUCAAUGGAUUUGGGAUGCCAACUGCAGACUAUUGGAUGGGUUUGAAAGCAAUUCGCCAUUUCACCAGUACUGCUCCACAUGAACUGAGAAUUACUGUAAAAUUAGUGGAUGGGCGACAAUUCACGACUUAUUUUGACCAAUUUUCCAUCGGUGACGAAAAGGAAAAUUUCAAACUGAGGAUAACUCCAACUACUGAUCAAACAAGUGUUGAUUUUGCUGCCAUGCAUGAUGGUAUGGACUUCACAGCGCGUGACAGUGACAACGACCGGUGGAGGGAUGGAAAUCGCGCAAAAUCGUACGACGGUGGUUAGUGGUUUAAUCGCUGCACUGAUUUCAACUUGAAUGGAAAACUCUAUGGAGUACCAAUGUUCAUAAAGGACGUCGGUGACGAGGAUGGUCCAGACCGUAUCACAUGGGAUGCUUGCAAAGGAAUGAAAAUCAUCCAGACCAAAAUGGCGAUAAGGCCGUCUCUACGAUAUCCACCAAUCCUUUACAACUAACUUUACUACAAUAGUCAAAAUCCAUAUUUCUAUAUCUAUAUUUUUACAAAAUUUAGGUUUCAAACAAGUAUAAGUUAAAUGGUAUACUUAAAUGUAUGCUUUCAUUAUAAAAGUGUAUUUUUUAACCAUUGUCAUUCCCUGAAUGCCCAUCAUUUUAAUCCCAAUAAACUACUACUACCAAUCAUUUACAAAUUACUUGAAACGAUAAUUAAAAUCCAUACUUCGAUAUCUAUAUUUCACAAAAUUCAAGUUUCAAAUUUGAAUAAAAGUUUAAUGAUAUCUUUGGUAUAUUUAAACAUGUAUGUUUUCAUUAUAAAUGUGUAUUUUCUUAUAAUUAUUACCAUUUCCUAGCCGCCCAACAUCAUUUUACGCACAAUAAACUAACUUGCCUAAUUUGAAUUGAGACAUCUUGUGUAUGAAUUUAGCCUCAAAAUUUGAAUA